UCCAAUUCCCGCUCCUCAGUUAGCGGCUGUGGCGGAGUAGAUGGAGCGCAAGCGAAUUGUUGCAGCAAACUCCUGGCAGUCCUAAGAAGUUCAUUUUGGUGUACCGUUUUCCUGCUGUGCUUGCAUCAUGGAAAAUCAGUUGGCUAAAUCAACUGAAGAACGAACAUUUCAGUACCAGGAUUCUCUUCCAUCUCUGCCUGUUCCUUCACUUGAAGAAUCAUUAAAAAAAUACCUUGAAUCAGUAAAGCCGUUUGCAAAUAAAGAAGAAUACAAAAGAACUAAAGAAAUUGUCCAAAAAUUUCAAGAUGGUAUUGGAAGAAAACUGCACCAGAAAUUACUUGAAAGGGCAAAAGGAAAAAGAAAUUGGCUGGAAGAAUGGUGGCUGAAUUUUGCCUAUCUGGAUGUUCGUUUACCAUCGCAACUGAAUGUCAAUUUUGCUGGUCCUGCACCUUAUAUUGAACACUGCUGGCCUCCAAAGGAAGGCACUCAGUUGGAAAGAGGAAGUAUAAGUCUUUGGCAUAACUUGAACUACUGGCAGCUAUUAAGAAAAGAAAAAGUACCUGUUGAUAAAUCUGGAAAUAGUCCUCUAGAUAUGAAUCAAUUCCGAAUGCUGUUUUCCACCUGCAGGAUUCCAGGAAUUACUAGAGAUUCAAUUACGAGUUAUUUUAGGACUGAGAGUGAAGGACAUUCCCCAACUCACAUUGCAGUGCUUUGUCGAGGCCGAGUUUUUGUCUUUGAUGUAAUACAUGAAGGAUGUUUGAUCACCCCCCCAGAGAUUUACAGGCAAUUGACAUACAUUCACAAGAAGUGCCAUAGUGAACCUGAUGGACCUGGGAUAGCAGCAUUGACUAGUGAGGAGCGAACUCAAUGGGCUAAGGCACGAGAAUAUUUGAUUAGUCUUGAUCCAGAGAACUUGACUAUAUUAGAAAAAAUUCAGAGCAGUUUACUGGUAUAUACCAUAGAGGAUAGCAGUCCACAUGUAACACCAGAAGAUUAUUCUCAGGUAACCACAAUGACCCUUACAGGAGAUCCAACUGUACGCUGGGGAGACAAAUCUUAUAACUUGAUUUCCUUUUCCAAUGGAGUAUUUGGCUGUAGUUGUGAUCAUGCUCCUUUUGAUGCAAUGGCUAUGGUAAACAUCAGCCAUUAUGUUGAUGAGAAGAUUUUUGAGAAUGAAGGAAGAUGGAAGGGCUCAGAAAAAGUACGGGAUCUAUCACUUCCAGAGGAGCUUGUUUUCACUGUGGAUGAUAAAAUACUAAACGACAUUAAUCAAGCUAAAGCCCAAUAUCUCAAGCAGGCAUCUGAUCUGCAGGUUGUGGUGUAUGCCUUUACAUCUUUUGGCAAAAAGCUAACCAAGAAGAAGAUGCUUCACCCUGAUACAUUUAUUCAGCUUGGACUUCAGCUGGCCUAUUAUAGAUUUUAUGGACGCCCUGGCAGCUGCUAUGAGACUGCUAUGACAAGGUAUUUUUACCAUGGCCGAACAGAGACUAUGCGCACGUGUACAGUAGAAGCGCUCGGGUGGUGCCGGUCCAUGCAGGAUCCUUCUACUGGUCUUUUUGAGCGGCAGCAGAAGAUGUUACAAGCUUUUGCAAAACAUAAUAAAAUGAUGAAAGAUUUUUCAGCUGGAAAAGGAUUUGACCGUCAUCUUUUAGGUCUUUUACUCAUAGCAAAAGAGGAAGGUCUUCCUGUUCCAGAACUCUUUACAGACCCACUUUUCUCCAAAAGUGGAGGAGGUGGAAACUUUGUUCUCUCAACAAGUCUGAUUGGUUAUUUAAGAAUCCUGGGAAUGGUGGUUCCCAUGGUCCACAAUGGCUAUGGAUUUUUCUACCACAUCAGAGAUGACAGGUAAGGCUAUUAGGUAUUUAAUGUAUGUUUUUUUCGCUAUCCUGUUUUUGGGACACUUGGUGAAAUCAGUCCUUUAGGUGUUUUGUGCAGAACACCAUUUAAAGUUGCUCAGUGACAUACCAUCAU